AUGGAGCAAAGGACCAAGCGAACUUGUGUAAAAUGCCGCUUUCAUGGAAAGGUUGUGCCACUUAAAGACCACAAAAGUAACUGUCCUUAUAAACUUUGUUCGUGUGAACAGUGUUCAACUCAUGAUAAGAGCAAGGAGGGAAAACGGUUAGCGAAUCAACCACAGACAACCAACGCGUCAUGUACACAAACAGUUUUAGAUGUAGCAGAAGUAGAUUUGUCUUCGAAAGUUGUUGCAAAGAACAUGAGUGUCACUGCUAAAAAAACGGAGCAAAAGAAAAAACAACUUGAAAAACACAGAGAGCUCUACGCUAAAGUGAACGAAUUUUCCAAAGACAUCAGUAGUGCUGUACCUGACAUGAAUCCUCUACAAGUCAUGAAAACUGCCCUACAGUUGCACCAGUCAGGGCUAAGUACCGCAAAACCUAAAGCAAGGUCAAAAGAGCGAGAAGCAUGGCAAGCUAUGCCUGACCUUCCUAUUCCAUCUGCUAGAAAGUCAUACAUUCUUGAAGAAGAUAAACUUGACCAUCUGUACGGUGCGUUUCCAGAUGUUUCACGGUCUACGCUGGCUUCACUACUUAUACACGAAAAGGGGGAUAUAAACAGAGUUAUAACGAGCUGGAUGGUGAGUGACGAGGAAAGUAGUACAGAAAGCAGUGUUGCAGAUGUCUUCAUGAACGAAGAACUGGCCGUGGCUGAUAUAGCAACAAAAACAUCCAUUUCCAAACAAGAGCUGAACUCCAUUUUAGACAAUGUUAAAAAUCAAGAACUUGGAACAGGUGCGAAUAUUCUUUCAUUUCACUCAAGAGAAGCUCGGCAGCAAGCACCAUCUGUUACAUGUACUGGUUUCACUAGUAAACAUGGAAACGAUAAUACCUUCUCGAGAGCGCUGUCAUCACAGACAGACAACGACC